AUGGCGCGGUUUGAUAACGAGAUGCCGUCCAGGUAUGCUGGAGGACACGGCCAUGGGCAUGGAGGCCAUGUCCAUGCCCAUGCCCCAGGAGGGGUCGGUCGCGGCGGCAGCAGACAAGGUGGCCCGCCGGGACAGAGAGUGUACAAGCAGUCCAUGGCCCAGCGCGCCAGAACUAUGGCCCUGUACAAUCCGAUACCAGUUAGGCAGAACUGCUUCACUGUCAACCGUUCCCUGUUCAUCUUCAGUGAGGACAACUUUGUGAGAAAAUACGCCAAAAAGAUCACCGAAUGGCCUCCUUUCGAGUACAUGAUCCUGGCCACCAUCAUUGCCAACUGCAUCGUUCUAGCCCUGGAGCAACAUUUGCCCGAUGGGGACAAGACCCCCAUGUCAGAGCGCCUGGACGACACAGAGCCCUACUUCAUCGGCAUCUUCUGCUUCGAGUCGGGCAUCAAGAUCCUGGCUCUGGGCUUCGCCUUCCACAAGGGCUCCUACCUACGCAACGGCUGGAACGUCAUGGACUUUGUAGUGGUGCUCACAGGCAUCCUGUCAAGUAUUGGCUCAGAGUUUGACCUGCGGACGCUGCGAGCUGUGAGAGUGUUGAGACCUCUGAAGCUGGUGUCUGGGAUUCCCAGCCUGCAGGUGGUGCUGAAGUCUAUCAUGAAGGCCAUGAUUCCCCUGUUGCAGAUUGGACUGCUGCUCUUCUUCGCUAUUCUCGUGUUUGCCAUCAUAGGCCUUGAGUUUUACAUGGGGAAAUUUCAUAAAACCUGCUUUGACAACCUAACAGAUGAAAUUCGGGAAGAUUAUCCCUGUGGUGAGGCGGCUCCAGCGCGCACCUGUCCAAACGGCACCACCUGCAAGUUUUACUGGCUGGGGCCCAACUACGGCAUCACCCAAUUCGACAACAUCCUUUUUGCCAUCCUCACUGUCUUUCAGUGCAUCACCAUGGAGGGCUGGACCGAUAUCCUGUACUAUAGCGACGACGCCUCCGGAGGCGAGUGGAACUGGAUGUACUUCAUCCCGCUCAUCAUCAUCGGAUCCUUCUUCAUGCUAAACCUGGUGCUAGGUGUCCUAUCGGGGGAGUUUGCCAAAGAGAGAGAGCGCGUGGAAAACAGAAGUGAGUUUUUGAAAUUGAGGAGACAGCAGCAGAUCGAGAGGGAGCUUAACGGCUACCUGGAGUGGAUCUGCAAAGCUGAAGAAGUCAUUCUGAAUGACGAAGACAACGACACAGAUAAGCGUAUGCCCUUUGAUGGAUCUCGCAGGAGACCCACCCUCAAGAAGAACAAGAACGAGCUUCUGAAUACGGAGGAAGCCGAGGGGGACGCAUUAGGCUCUCCAUUUGCCAGGGCCAGCCUGAAAAGCUCCAAGCUGGAGGGCUCCAACUUCCACAAGCAGGAGCGCCGCCUGCGCUUCUUCAUCCGCCGGGUGGUGAAGACGCAGGCCUUCUACUGGACGGUGCUCUGCCUUGUGGGGCUGAACACGCUGUGUGUGGCCGCGGUACACUACGACCAGCCUGACCUCCUCUCGGACUUCCUCUAUUUUGCCGAGUUCAUAUUCCUGGGCAUCUUCAUGUCUGAGAUGUGUAUCAAGAUGUAUGGGCUCGGCACACGCCCUUACUUUCACUCCUCCUUCAAUUGCUUCGAUUGUAUUGUCAUAUGUGGCAGCAUUUUCGAAGUCUUUUGGGCAAUGAUCCAGCCUGGCACCUCCUUUGGCAUCAGUGUGUUGCGCGCUCUUAGGUUACUGAGGAUCUUCAAAGUGACCAAGUACUGGGUAUCGCUGAGGAACUUGGUGGUAUCCUUGCUCAACUCCAUGAAGUCAAUCAUUAGCUUGCUAUUCCUACUCUUCCUCUUCAUCGUGGUCUUUGCCCUUCUGGGAAUGCAACUCUUCGGGGGCCAGUUUAACUUUGAGGCUGGCACUCCACCCACCAACUUUGAUACCUUCCCUGCAGCAAUAAUGACAGUCUUUCAGAUCCUCACGGGAGAGGACUGGAACAUGGUGAUGUAUGAUGGCAUCGAGUCUCAGGGCGGAGUCAGGAAGGGAAUGGUCUUCUCCGUCUUCUUCAUCGUGCUCACACUGUUUGGCAACUACACUCUGCUCAAUGUAUUCUUGGCUAUCGCUGUGGACAAUCUUGCCAAUGCACAGGAGCUCACUAAGGAUGAGCAAGAGGAGGAGCAGAAGAGCAAUCAGAAGGCGGCUCUGCAGAAGGCCAAAGAGGUGGCUGAAGUCAGCCCGCUGUCAGCCGCCAACCUCUCCAUCGCAGCAAAUACAGUAAGCACAGAGCGUCUCAACGCUUCUGAACACUUUCUGGACUGUAAGGAACAGCAGAAGAACCAUAAGAAUUCGAACUGCAAGAACUCCAAGUCGGUGUGGGAGCAGCGCACCAGCGAGCUGCGUAAGCAGACCCUGGUCAACAGCAGAGAGGCACUCUACAAUGAGCUGGACCCUGAGGACCGCUGGAAGGUGAACUACUCACGUCACAUUCGUCCUGACAUGAAGACGCACACGGACCGGCCCCUGGUGGUGGACCCGCAGGAGAACCGAAACAACAACACCAACAAGACACGGCCCGGCGAGCUGGAGGCCGAGCAGGAGGCCCGGCUCAGCCGACAGCGGGCCGAGGAGAUCUUCCGCAGGCAGACACGCCUCCACGAACUAGAAGUAGGCCUGGGAGAUGACGACGACACGGGUUCUAUGGGGUCCACCACAAGGCUGACAUGCAAGGAACCAGAGGAGGAGGAGCUUCCUCAGCAGGCCAGUGAGCACCAGCAGCAUGGGCAUCAUGGGAGCAUGGGCAACCUGGACGGGGCCGGCAAGCCUCACCGGCGCAGCCACCACGGGCACCGCGAGAAAUGCGGGCGCGCCCGCGGGGAACGCGACGGCGAGACGGGGAAGAGCUGCGAGCAGCACAAAAGGUCUCGGGGUCACCGCAAAUCCCACGACCAGGACCAGGAGGGCGGCGGCGGUGGCGGGGGGCACAAACACCAACACCGCAGCAGCAGGAACUCGGACGGAGGCCCCAGCGUGGAGGGCGGCAAGGAGCGGAAGCCCAGGAGGCACCGCCACAGCGCCACCUCAGGCAGCGAGGGGGAGUGCAAGCGGGAGAGAUCAGAGCGCAUCCGGCAGCACAGAGUCAGGAAGGAUGGCAGCGGUCCUACUCUCUCCACCACACGGCCCAUCCAGAAGAGCUUGUCCAGGCAGGCCAGCGUCUACAGUGAGGACAUGGACAACGUCAUGAACACCAAGCUCACCACCGCCACCGCCAACAGCACCACCCACUUCGCCCGCCAUCGGGGCAUCACCUCCCCGCACACCAGCGCCCUCAACCUGGCCAACAGCACCCACAGCCUGUACCAGCCGCCUCUGGGCCCCGACGGGAGCCUGGUUCCCAGCCGUGCCACCAGCAUGGCCUACCUGACCUGCAUGGGCUACCCGCCGAUGCCGCCCGACCACACCAGUGUGGACAUGAUGCCCAUGUUCCCCUCGCAUAACGCCAUCCUGCAGAUCAAUAAAAAUGCGAACACUGAGCCUCUGCCCAAAAAGGAGGAUAAGAAUGAUGAUGAUGAUGACGACGCAGGAGACAGUGGUGGUCCCAGGCCCAUGCCUCCUUACUCCUCCAUGUUUAUCCUCUCAACUACUAACCCGUUCCGGAGACUGUGUCAUUACAUUUGUACCCUCAAAUAUUUUGAAAUGGUCAUCCUACUGGUUAUUGCAAUGAGCAGUAUCGCUUUGGCUGCUGAGGACCCAGUGUGGCCCGAGUCUCCUCGAAACAAUGUGCUGCGCUACUUUGAUUAUAUCUUCACUGGCGUAUUCACCUUUGAGAUGCUGAUUAAGAUGGUGGAUUUGGGUCUGGUCCUCCACCAGGGUUCCUAUUUCCGAGACCUUUGGAACAUCCUGGACUUUAUAGUGGUUAGUGGUGCCCUGGUGGCCUUCGGCUUCACCGGUGGCGGUGGAAGUAGCAAGGGGAAAGAUAUCAGCACCAUCAAGUCGCUGCGUGUGCUGAGAGUCUUGCGGCCACUCAAGACCAUCAAGAGGUUGCCCAAACUCAAAGCUGUGUUUGACUGUGUGGUGAACUCCCUGAAGAAUGUGCUCAACAUCCUCAUCGUCUACAUGCUCUUCAUGUUCAUCUUCGCCGUGGUGGCCGUGCAACUCUUCAAAGGAAAGUUUUUCUACUGCACAGAUGAAUCCAAGGAGUUUGAGCGCGAUUGCAGGGGCGAAUAUUUAGUGUACGAACGUGACAACGAAGUGAAGGCGCAGAAGAGGGAGUGGAAGAAGUACGAUUUCCACUACGACAAUGUGCUCUGGGCCCUUCUCACCCUCUUCACAGUAUCCACUGGAGAGGGGUGGCCGCAGGUGCUGAAACAUUCAGUCGAUGCGACUUACGAGAAUCAGGGCCCGAGCCCCGGCUAUAGGAUGGAAAUGUCCAUCUUCUACGUGGUGUACUUCGUGGUCUUCCCCUUCUUCUUCGUCAACAUCUUCGUGGCUCUCAUUAUCAUCACCUUCCAGGAGCAAGGAGACAAAAUGAUGGAGGACUACAGUUUAGAAAAGAAUGAGAGAGCCUGUAUAGACUUCGCAAUCAAUGCCCGCCCCCUGACGCGACAUAUGCCACAGAACAAGCAGACGUUCCAGUAUCGCAUGUGGGAGUUUGUGGUGUCGCCACCGUUUGAGUAUACAGUCAUGUCCAUGAUCGCGCUCAACACCAUAGUGCUCAUGAUGAAGUAUGAUGGAGCCUCCAACACAUAUAACGAUGUGCUGGCCAAUUUGAACAUCGUUUUUACCGCACUGUUUUCCAUGGAGUGUAUAUUGAAGAUCGUUGCCUUUGGGAUUUUGAACUACUUCAAAGACGCCUGGAACAUCUUUGACUGUGUGACGGUCGUUGGGAGUAUCACAGACAUUCUGGUCACAGAGCUUGGGAUGAAUAACUUCAUCAAUCUGAGUUUUCUGCGGCUCUUCCGAGCUGCUCGUCUCAUUAAGCUGCUGAGGCAGGGCGAGACCAUUCGCAUCCUGCUCUGGACUUUUGUGCAGUCCUUUAAGGCUCUGCCUUACGUCUGCCUGCUCAUCGCCAUGCUGUUCUUCAUCUAUGCCAUAAUCGGCAUGCAGCUGUUUGGGAACAUAGCUAUUGAUGACGAUGGAGAGAGCGCCAUCAAUCCACACAACAACUUCAGGGCCUUCUUCCAGGCCCUCAUGCUGCUCUUCAGGAGUGCCACGGGAGAGGCGUGGCAUGAGAUCAUGCUGUCGUGUCUGGGGGGUAAGGAGUGCGACCCGCUGUCGGGUAACGACGACAAGUCGUGUGGCAGCGAGUUUGCCUACCUCUACUUCGUCUCCUUCAUCUUCCUCUGCUCCUUCCUGAUGUUGAAUCUGUUUGUGGCUGUCAUCAUGGAUAACUUUGAGUACCUGACUCGAGACUCCUCCAUUCUGGGGCCACACCACCUGGACGAGUAUGUCAGGAUAUGGGCCGAGUAUGACCCUGCCGCUUGUGGGCGAAUUCAUUACAAGGAUAUGUACAGUUUAUUGCGAGUAAUCGACCCUCCUCUGGGCUUAGGAAAGAAAUGUCCCCAUAGGGUGGCCUGCAAGAGGCUGCUACGGAUGGAUUUGCCGGUCGCCGACGACAACUCUGUUCAUUUCAACUCCACCCUUAUGGCCUUAAUCCGCACGGCGCUGGACAUCAAGAUCGCCCGGGUUACGGAAGGGGAGGACAAACACCAGAUGGAUGCCGAGCUCAGGAAAGAGAUGAUGGCGAUUUGGCCCAACCUCUCCCAGAAGAUGUUGGACCUGCUGGUCACUCCACACAAGUCAGCGACAGACCUGACGGUGGGGAAAAUCUACGCGGCCAUGAUGAUCAUGGAGUACUACCGGCAGAGCAAGCUGAAACGGGCCCAGGCGCAUCAGGAGGAUCAGACUCGAACGCCAUUAAUGUUUCAGCGUUUGGAGACUCACUCCCCAACCCAGGACGGUGGGCCGGGGGUCACCACCCUCCCUGAUAAACAAUUGGACGGUGUUGCCACUCUGCCAAUGGAUGGGGGGAUGACAGAGAGCCAGUCCUGGGUGACGGCGCGUGCCCAGGAGAUGUCUCAGAAGGCCGGCAGCUGGAGUCCCGACGGCCAGCAUCCGGACGACAGACACGACAGUAUGCACAACUCUCAGACAGUAGAGAUGAGAGAGAUGGGGCGGGAUGGUUACUCGGACAGUGAGAACUUCCUCCCCAUGGAAGGGCACGGGAGAGCCGCUUCCAUGCCCCGGCUCCCGGCAGACAACCAAACCAUCACGGACAACAGCCCGAUGAAGCGCUCGGCCUCGUCGCUGGGCCACGGGCGGUGCGGCGGCGGCGGGCGGGUGGGCAGGGGGGGUGAGGACUACGCCCUGGACAGGGUCAUCCCUGAGGAGGGGGGCCCGCGACACGGCCACCGGCGCAGAGACCGCAGCCACCGCGCCUCCGAGAGAUCCCUAAGCCGCUACACGGAUGGAGACACAGGGCUGGGCACGGACCUGAGCACCACCACCCAGUCAGGAGACCUACCGCCCAAGGAGAAGGACCGCGGCGACAGGGACCGCGACCGGGACCGCGGGCGUGCCAAGGACCGCAAGCACCACCACCAUCACCACCACCACCACCAGAGCUCGCUGGAGAAGGAGCGCUACACGCCCGACCGGCCCGACUACGGCCACCGGCAGCCCCGCGGCGACAGGGACCACCGCUGGUCCCGCUCUCCCAGCGAGGGCCGCGACUGCAUGCCCCAUAGACAGGGCAGUAGUUCAGUCAGCGGCAGUCCUGUCCCCUCCACCUCGGGGACUAGCACGCCCCGCCGCGGCCGCCGCCAGCUGCCCCAGACCCCCGCCACGCCCCGGCCACACGUCACCUACUCCCCCGUGGUCCGCAAGGGCCGCCACGGGCCCCCCCCUCAGCAGCAGCAGCGCUGGGGGCCCUCGCCCCCGCCCCCCAUGGACGGCAACAUGGAGGAGGGCGACGGCAUGUUCUACGAGGACGAGGAGGAGGACUAUGAGUACCGCGAGCGCCAAGAGCCCCCCGCCUACGAGCAGAGCCCCCCCACGCCACAGCAGCAGCAGCAGCAGCAGCAGCAGGGCAAGCCGCACCCCAACCACCCACACCCACACCAACCGCACCCCAACCACCCGCACCAACACCCGCACCCACCGCACCCCAACCACCCGCGCUCGCCCAGGACUGCCCGCCACAACAUGGCGCCCCAGCAGCAGCACCAGGGUCACCCCCCGCCGCAGCAGCAGCAGCAGCAGCAGGGCCAGCAGGGGCCCCCCGGGGGGCCUCGACGCAUGCCCAACGGGUACCGGUCCUCCUCGCCCUCCCCGCACCACCAUCACCAUCACCACGGUGGCGGAGGCGGCGGCGGAGGACAGCCUCCCCACCCCGGAGCUCACAAGCCCCCUCCGCACGGGCCGCCCCGCCCCGGGCCCAGGGGGAAGGGCCUCCACGAACACCCCUUCAGCGAGACCGACGAGGACGACUGCUGCUAG